UUUUGAUAAAUCAACGCCUCGAAGAUAGGUUGGUUAGUAACGAGGCGUCAGUGCCACGGUGUUUUACAGUCCUGCACCGAGAGCGAUACGUCGAUAUAAUAAAACUGUAUAUUAACCAAUUAAGUACUAAUUGGAUUGAUUAUAAAAAUACAUACUGCGAACAAAUUAAUACUAGUACCAAGUCAAAGGAGACAUUAAUUGAACAACGAAAGGUACGUAGAUCGGAAGAAGAAAACAACUCCGAUCAUGGAUCUGCUCCGCGGCAUCGCUCACUCCCUCAUCAUGCCCCCACCCCCGCCCCCGCCGCCUCCCCACCACCACCACUUAUGGGCCCCACCGCCCCCACCCCCGCCCUACGCGAUGGGCCCACACGGAUGGCCCGGGCCGCCGCCCCACCACGUUCACCACCCAGGAUGGGUCCACGCUCCUCCGCCACAGCCGCAGCCGCAGCCGCAGCCGCAGCCGCAGCCCUGCGAGCCGAUUUCGCAGCCCUACGGUCACAGGCCCAACGACCCACCCUCGGAACCCGGAAACAGCUACGGGGCCCCCUCGGCACCCCCAGCAAACGCGGUUCCCGCCCACAUCAUCAGGUACUGAGGCGAUGAGAGUUGAUCGAGGGAAACGAAAACGCAGCAGUGGAAUUAUAGAAGGUGGAAAUUUUUAUGGAUGAACUAUGUUUAGUUUUAAAUCCUGUACAAUUAGUCGAAAGUGAAUCGCGGUCUCGUAAAUUAUUGUGAGAGAAAAAGAGUUGCUACGUUAAAUUUUGUCGAUGUGGAAUAAGUUGUACCGCUUUACAAGUGGUUAGAAAAUUUCAGUAAAAUUUGUAUCUUUGUAAUUACAGUUUCGAGAACCGUUUGAAUGUUGUUGAAAUUUUUCUUAGUCCCAUAUGUUAUCGUCGGUAUUAUUAUAAAAAUAUGAAAAUAUUUUAUAUGCGUUUAGUGACUUUAUAUUAUACCGUACAAAUAUUAACUCUAAAUUUUUUCUCGGUGUAUAGAAAAAUGAUAUUGUAUCUGUAUUGUUAUAAAUUUAAGAAACUGAUGAAUAAAAUUCAACAUCCAACAACGUAGGUGUAUAUACGUAUAAUUCUUUGAGAAGUUAUCGACUACCGUUUCUACAUGUAUUUUCCACAUAUAUGUAUAGGUGUAUACUCGAUUAGUUAUGUCUUUGUUUAUAUUAUUGCAACGUAGGUAUCGUCAUCCGCGCAGUACUGUCAACGUUUGACAGAUAAGGAUGGUGUGGAUUUUUAUUAUUGUUAUUGU